AUGAGGUAGGUGAUGUUGGACUGGUUUGCGUGGUGUCUGUCAUUUGUACGAUUUAUGCAUGGUGGACUAGAAGAAAGUUUAUAAAACGUUUCUGAAAUAUUUGGCUGUCAAUGAAAAGAAUCCGGUGCCAGUGUGCAAAUAAGAAUGUUGAAGAAUGAGCGCGCUCGAACAGCGAGAUUGAAGUUGAAGUGCAAGCUGAAGCGAAGUGCAGUGAAGUGCAAGUCAGCCCUGUGGAUUCUGGAUUUGUGACCUGAGACUUAUUUUCCUUUGUUGUUAGUAAUUUUAUUUUAAAAGACUGAAGGCUGAAAGGAAAUCACCCCUGCAAGCAACAUCAACAUAGAAUUGGCACGACAGUGGUGUGAGCUGCCGGCGCCGGCGCCAUGAAGCACGUGCGGACCACGCCGGGCCCGGCGGCCUCCUCUAGGCCCGUCGACUGGGCGUCCCCGCGCACCCCGCGCUCCGUGCGUCUGGUGACCACGGGAGUCAGUGUGCGCAGCAGGACUGUGUCGACGACACCCACCCGGCGGCCGCUGGGGGCAGACAGGGGCGCCAGGAGCGCCCACCGGACGGCUGGCGGCUCUCCGAGUAAGCCGCGCACGGUGUCCACUCCCCGCUCGGGCUCCGUGCACCGGGACAUCUCCAGCGGCCGGCCGGCGGCGCUGCGCAGCCUCUCGGCCCGGCCCCGGGAGCUGGUCAGAGCCAGCGCCGCGCGGCCCCUCGAGCUCGUGCGCGCCGGCUCGGCCCGGGGGCGCUCAGCGGCCGCUGACGCUCUGCCGCCGCCCAGGGCCCGGCAGCUGGCGGCCAAUGUGACCGUGCGCCCCAAAAAGCCGCCCCGAUCGCCGGUCAAACGCCUGCGGGCGUCGCCGGUCAAAAAACUGGCGAGGACCAUGAACAAGGUGGCUGCGCCCAAGGAGAAGGAGCGCAGCAAGGAGCGUCUGGCUGACGAGCGGCCGCCCGGCGCCGAACACGCCGACGUGCAUGGCGACGUGCACGCCGGCGUCGACGAGGCCUCCGCGUCUCUGCCGUCGCUCCCGACGGGCGUCGACGAUGGUCCGCCGUCGACGGACGAGACUCGACUGGUGGACGAACGCGCCGCCAUGGAGAGAACCGUCUCCGAGCUGGUGCACAACGUCGAGGGCAAGAAACAGGAGAUCGCCGCCCUGAAAAUGGAGGUCAAACGACUCAAGGACCAGGUGCUGCCCUCGGCCGAGGGUCCGCCCGGCGGCGGCGGCGGCGGGCCGCCGGCAGCUGCCGACUCGGCCGCUCCGCAGCUGGCCGAGCAGCUGCAGCUGCUGCGCGCCGAGAACGCCGCGCUGCGUGGCCGCCUCCAGCAGCAGCAGCAGCAGCAGCCGCCGGCAGCUGCCGGAGCGCCCAUCAGCGACGCCGAGAAGCAGCUGCUGCGGGACCGGGGCGUGCGCUGCUCGUGCUCGGCGCCCGCCUCCAUCACUGGAGAUGACAAGGGCCGGGAGCUGGGCCGCUCGGCGUCCCAGGACCUGAUGGCUGACACCCCUCACACACCGGACUGGGACAAACAGUCGAGCAGCUCCAUCUCCGAGUACUCGGUCGCCGAUCUGCAGGACCGUAUCACGCAGAUGGAGGAGACGCACCACAGCACCAACGAGGAGCUGCAGGCCACCCUGCAGGAGCUGACCGACCUGCAGGACCAGCUGGCCGCCCUGCAGGACGACAACAAGCAGCUCCUCCAGCAGAAGGCCGUGCUGUUCGAGUCGCUCUGUGAGCAGACAGAGCGGCUGGAGGACUCGAAGCAGCAGGUGCAGCAGCUGCGACAGCUGCUCAUCAAGGAGGAGGCCGACCGGCCCAAACUGCAGGAGCGGGAGGUCAUGCUGCAGGAUCUGAUCAAGGGCGCCCACGCCGAGCGGGACGCGCUGCAGUCCCGUCUGGACGGACUCCAGGAGCAGCUGGAGGCGCGCCGGGAGGCCGAGGCCGCGCACGAGGCGGAGAAGGCCGCCCUCCAGGACCGACUGCGCCUGCUCGAGUCGACGGUCGAGGCGGCGACGGCCGAGCGGCGCCAGGUGGAGGGCCAGCUGCAGGAGGCGCGCCACGAGGCCAGCCACGCGCAGAUCGAGGCAGAUCGUGUGCAGGAGCUGCUCGACAGCGCCAACAGCAAGAUCGCCGAGCUGCAGCAGGCGGCGGCGGCCAACAACAAGUCCGAGCUGGAGGCGCUGCUGGACGCCGUCCGACAGGAGAAGAACAGGGUGGACGAGCGUGCCGCCCGCCUCCAGGAGACUGUCAGCCGCGCCCAGUGCGAGAAGGCCACUCUCGAGGAGCAGGUGGCAUCACUACAGCAGGAGAAUAAGGUGGCCAAGAAUAACGCCAAGAAGGAGCUGAGUGACGCCCAGUACCGGUACGACCAGCUGGCUGAGGAGAAGGCAGCUGUUGUGGCAGCUUCAGAGCAGCUGCAGCAGUCCAUACUCGAGCUGGAGGCCACCUGCCAGAGCCAUCUGGAGGACAAACGAGAACUCAAGGCCAGUCUGAGUGAGCAGCAGAAGCGGGCGGCCGAGCUCCAGGAACGGGUGCGCUGUCUGGAGGCGGACGUGGCCGAGGCCACCGACAAGCACCGCCAGGCGUGCGAGGAAUGGGCGCAGUUCCAGGCCGACCUGCUCAUGUCCGUCCGCGUCGCCAACGACUUCAGGACGGAGGCGCAGGAGCAUGUGGAGAAGAUGGCGCUGGAUAACCACCGUCUGCGGGAGCGUGUGAGCGCGCUCAGCUCUGACCUGGAGAAGGCGCGCGCCGCCGCCGCCGUGCCGCCCAGCCCGCCGGCGCCCACCGGGCCGCCGUCGCCGGGCGGCGAGCGGCGCCCGCUGCGCACCGUGCAAUCGCCGGCCGACGGACGCCAGACCCGGCCCGGCCUCAUGACCCGCCAGGACAGCAAACUGUGCGUCAAAACACUCAUCGAGACCAUCGAGUCAGCCAACAAACAGGCCAAGGCCGAGAGCCGCAGCUCGUCGCAGUCGAGUCUGAACUCUGAGCCGCAGCACCAGCACCCGCGCCUCACGGCCUCUGCUAGCUCGCCGCUGUUCCCGGCGCCGGCGCUGCGGGCCGGCGCGGACUCGAGCGGCACCGCGCCCGUCACUUCCCCCGGCCUGCGGCCCUUCUCACGCAGCUACACAGCGUAUCGUGCCGAGAGGCGCUCGGACAGCCUAUUCAGCAAGGCGAGCACCGACUCUUCAAAGUCGUCACAGCUGAAGACGGAAGAGGGCAAACCGCUAACGUCGAUACUAGCUAACAAGCUGGACCCAUCACUGAGGCGGAGCAGCUACGGAGACCAGCUGGAUAAGAAAGACCCCUUGGCGCCGCUCGUCAAGAAGGGAGGCAGCAAACGGAACGCGCUGCUCAAGUGGUGUCAGAACAAGACGAUCGGAUACAGGGACGUGGACAUCACCAACUUCUCCAGCUCGUGGAACGACGGGAUGGCUCUGUGCGCGCUGCUGCACAGCUUCAUGCCGGACAAGGUGCCGUACGACCAGCUGAAGCCGGGCGACAAGCGGCGCAACUUCAACGCGGCGUUCGAGGCGGCCGAGACGGUCGGCAUCCCUACCACACUGAACACCAACGACAUGGUGUCUCAGGACCGGCCCGACUGGCAGCAGGUGCUCGCCUAUGUCACCUCCAUCUACAAACACUUUGAGACUUAGCGGCGCCGAGCGAGCGCCGAACCGGCUGUGAUUUCCCGCCCGCCGCCCCCGCCCCCGCCCGGCGGCAGAUCUGACCCGCCGCCCCCGCCGCCGCCGCAGUCGUCAGUCCCCUCUCUCAGGACCGUAGUGUCAGCGGACAGCCGAGCGUGGCGCCGCACUGUAGCGCGUGUGUGUGUGUAUUUGACCAAAUGUUGAUCUAGUCUGGGCCGCUGCACCGGAAGAAGGGUACUUCCGGCGAGCGCCGCGCGGGGCGCAGCUUGCAGUGAUGGUCAGCGGUGUUCUGCGCGUGGCGGCUUGGCGCUGUGUGCGGCUUGUACGCGGGCAGGGAUGUGUUUUGAUGUAGAUAUGCGCGUGUGAACUGUGUGCAUGUAUACGAUGUGCAUUGGUCUGUUUUGUUUGCCCAUGCAUGCGUCUUGUGCAGGCCGGAGCGGCGCGCCUUCUGUGUGCUCGCGUGUGUUACGUUGGGUCAGUGUAGCUCGGCUGUCUGAGAAGGCAGUCUCUGUGCCGCGCCAGUGCCGGCCGGCCACCCUCCGGUAGGUCGGAGGACCGGUGAGUGUUCGAUCGCGUGCUGCCGCCUCCGGAGUCGGGACGGAGGCACCCCGGGCCGCCGGCAGUGUCUGUAAAUGUUUAUUUUUCACAUAUCACCACCGUUCUCACCUGUUUUAGGUCUCUCCUUGUAAAAUACAUGCCUAGCGUUGUUCA